CCUCACGAUACACCUCUCUCAUUAAUUUAAUUACUUGCAAGCUAGCAGCAGCAGAUUUAUAGAUAAUCACUUCCCAGGUCUCACUGAUGAAAUGGACUUCUUAUCAGCAAUCGUUGGUCCUGUCGUUGAAUCUUUAUUGGUGCCUGUCAAGAAACACCUGGGCUAUCUGUUUUCCUCCACAAAACAUGUUGGCAACAUGACUACUAAGAUGAAACAACUGGAUGGUGCAAGCGAUGAUGUCAAAAAGCACAUGGAAACAAACAACAUAAGUAAUCUGGAAAUACCUACUGGUGUACCAGAUUGGUUGGAAGAGGUCAAAAAGAUUAAGGAAGAUGCUGAAAGAAUUUCAAGUGACGUCGAUGGGUGUUUUAACUUGAAAACGACGUACCGAGCAGGAAGGAAGGCAUUCAAGUCUAGCCUGAAGAUUGAAGCUCUUAUUAAAGAAAAUAAUGAGACAAUCUGGCGUGAUGCUCAAAUACCUCUUGGAAAAGUGAGUUCUAAACUGGCAUCUACUUCUGAUGGUGAUGCCCACAAUUACUUCAAAUCAAGAGAGGAGAUUUUUAAGGAGGCGCUCAGUUUGCUUCAACAGGAUCAAAAGGCCCAAGUGAUAGCCUUAUGCGGAAUGGGUGGCGUGGGGAAGACCACGAUGAUGGAACAACUGAAAAAGGCUGUGGAAGAUAAGAAAAUGUUUGAUUGGGUUGUGAAGGUGGUUAUCAUCGGGCAAAAGAUCAACAUAUUGUCUAUUCAGCAAACCGUGGCAGAAUACAUUAAACUUCAAUUAACUGAAACAGAUAAAACAGCAAGGGCAGAUCGUCUUCGCGUAACAUUUAAGAAGAUGUCACAAGAAAGUAAAAAGGUUUUAGUAGUAUUGGAUGAUGUUUGGGAUAAGGUUGAGCUUAAAGAUAUAGGACUAAGUCCUUUGCCAAACGGCUUUAAAAUACUGCUCACAUCACGAGAUGAAAAUGUUUGCACACAAAUUGCUAUAGAAGCUAAUUCGGAUCUUAGAGUUGUUAGAGUAAAAGUAAUGGAGAAGUCAGAAGCAAAUAAUUUCUUUUGUCACAUUUCAGAAGUUUCACAUCCGGAGCUCAAAGAUAUAGGAUCCAAAAUCGUGAGAAGAUGUGGUUUCUUGCCCUUAGCCAUCAAACUCAUUGCAACAAACCUUAAAUCUCAAGAAAAGUCGGUAUGGAGGGAUACACUUCGCCGUUUGAAGAAAAAUGAUCUCGAUAAGAAUGUGCAAAGUAUUAUUGACAUAAGCUAUAACUUUAUUGCAGAAGAAGAUGCUAAAGCAAUUUUUCUGCUUUGUGGCUUGUUUCCGGAUGAUUUCAAUAUCCCAGUCGAGGAUCUGACAAGGUACGCAUGGGGGCUUAAGUUGUUAAAUGAAGUUAAUACUAUGGAGGAGGCUAGAGACAGGACAAAAACAUGUGUAUGCAAACUCAAAAAAGCAAAUUUAUUGAUGGAUAGCGAUUACCUAGAGUGUGUCAAAAUGCACGAUCUUGUGCUUGCUUUUGUGGUAGGUAAAGUUUCUAAAGGAGAUCAUCCGUGGAUCAUUAACCACGGUGAUGUUUCAAAUUGGAGUACAACUGAAAUGAACGAAUCUUGCAGAAGUAUUUCUUUGACAUGUACGGGCAUGUCUGAGUUCCCUAGCGACUUUAACUACCCAAACGUAUCCCUAUUGAGACUUAUGAAUGGCGAUAAAUCGCUUAAGUUUCCUGAUAAUUUUUAUGAGAAAAUGGAAAAUCUUCAAGUUAUGGCAUUUGAGAAGUUGCAUUAUCCACUGCUUCCCACAUCGCUUCAAUGCUCUACCACCCUUCGAACAUUAUGUCUCCAUAAAUGCUCAUUAAUGUUUGAUUGCUCUCCUAUUGGUGAUCAUCUUUUGAACUUGGAAGUGCUCAGCUUUGCUCAUUCUGGCAUCCGAUAUUUACCAUCUGCAAUCGGGAAUCUAGUGAAGCUAAAGCUACUGGAUUUGACAGGUUGUAUGGAUCUACGAAUGGAUGAAGGCGUCUUGAAAAACUUGGUCAAGCUUGAAGAGCUAUAUAUGAGGGUUGCUAACAAGAAGGGCAUCAAAUUCACAGAUACAAACUAUAAGGAAUUGGGAGAACGUUCCAAGAAUCUAUCUGCAUUGGAAGUUGAAUUCAUUGAGAACAAUCCUCACUCAAAGAAUAUGUCGUAUAAUAAACUCGAAAGAUUCAAGAUAUCCAUAGGACGUUAUUUAGAAAGUGAUUAUAGUGUCAAAGAGAUGCACUCAUCCGAAAACACGCUGAAGUUCAAAGUCAAAAAGAAAGAUGAAUUGUUGGAAUCUGGAAUGAUAGAGUUGUUUUCGAAAACAGAAGUGCUUUACUUGGAAGCUGGCAGUGGCAUGAAUAACCUUGAAGAAGUUUUACCGAAAUCCGUACCUCGACACAGCUUGUUUUAUAAUUUAAGGGUCCUUUAUAUUCACAACUGUGCCGACUUGAGAUACCUGUUUACAGUCCCAGUAGCAAGGGGCCUGGUGAAGCUUGAGAGUCUCAGAAUUUGGAAUUGCCCUGUUAUGGAAGCACUAGUAUACAGUGAAGAAAAUGGUAUAGAAGAAAUUAGGUUUCAGGGGCUAAAGCGUCUAUAUUUGCGUGAUCUACCAAAGUUGGAAGGUUUGUCGUGCAACACUAACAAUAUUGUAAUCCAUCUACCGCAACUAGUGACGUUGGAUCUUAAUGGCCUUCCAAACUUGACAAGCAUUUAUCCGGCGGGAGAGUAUAAAUCAUCGAUUAUGUCCAGUGGCAGUUCUACUAUUAUUAAACCUUUCUUCAAUAAACAGGCUAUGAUCCCUCCUAGGUUGGAGAUAUUGAUUAUUAAUAAUAUGGAGGCAUUGAAGAAUAUAUGGCCGGAAGUAGUUGAUGAUGUCACCUGCUGCUGCUCAUUGCGAGAGAUUUCAGUGGAAAAGUGUGCCGACUUGAGAUACCUGUUUACAGUCCCAGUAGCAAGGGGCCUGCUGAAGCUUGAGCGUCUUUCAAUUUGGAAUUGCCCUGUUAUGGAAGCACUAGUAUACAGUGAAGAAAAUGGUAUAGAAGAAAUUAGGUUUCAGGGGCUAAAGCAUCUAUAUUUGGAAGAUCUACCAAAGUUGGAAGGUUUGUCGUCCAACACUAACAAUAUUGUAAUCCAUCUACCGCAACUAGUGACGUUGGAUCUUGAUGGCCUUCCAAACUUGACAAGCAUUUAUCCGGCGGGAGAGUAUAAAUCAUCGAUUAUGUCCAGUGGCAGUUCUACUAUUAUUAAACCUUUCUUCAAUAAACAGGCUAUGAUCCCUCCUAGGUUGGAGAGAUUGGAAAUUUAUCGGAUGGAGGCAUUGAAGAAUAUAUGGCCGGAAGUAGUUGAUGAUGCCACCUGCUGCUGCUCAUUGCGAGAUAUCUCAGUGGAAAAGUGUGCCGACUUGGGAUACCUGUUUACAGUCCCAGUAGCAAGGGGCCUGCUGAAGCUUGAGCAUCUCACAAUUGAGGAAUGCCCUGUUAUGGAAGCACUAGUAUACAGUGAAGAAAAUGGUAUAGACGAAAUUAGGUUUCAGGGGCUGAAGUAUCUAUGUUUGAGUGAUCUACCAAAGUUGGAAGGUUUGUCGUCCAACACUAACAAUAUUGUAAUCCAUCUACCGCAACUAGUGACGUUGGAUCUUCAUGGCCUUCCAAACUUGACAAGCAUUUAUCCGGCGGGAGAGUAUAAAUCAUCGAUUAUGUCCAGUGGCAGUUCUACUAUUAUUAAACCUUUCUUCAAUAAACAGGCUAUGAUCCCUCCUAGGUUGGAGAGAUUGGAAAUUUAUCGGAUGGAGGCAUUGAAGAAUAUAUGGCCGGAAGUAGUUGAUGAUGCCACCUGCUGCUGCUCAUUGCGAUAUAUUGAAGUGGGAUCAUGUGAUAAUCUUGUGAAUGUGUUUCCGAGGAAUCCGAUGCCAUUGUUGCCUCAUCUGGAAAGAAUCUAUGUGAAGAAUUGUGGUUCCAUUCAAGCGUUAUUCGACAUUGAUGUUAGUGAAGAAGGCGGCGGUAUUAGUAAAUUGAGAUCCAUUCAUGUACGUAACUCAGAGAGGCUUACAGAGGUGUGGAGGUUGAAAAGAGGAGGAGCUGCCGUACAUAUUAACCACCCUAAUGAUGAUGAUGUCAUCAUUUGUGGCUACUUUCAAGCUGUUGAAGAGAUAGAAAUAGUGGGGUGUAAGAGGUUUAGGAAUAUAUUUACACCAACCACCGCUAGGUUUCAUCUGGGAGCACUAAAGAAGAUUUACAUAAAUGGUAUAAAAGAGAUUUACAUAAAUGGUAUAAAAGAAAAUGUUGAAUCUGUAGGAAGGAACCAAGAGGAGGCAUGUAAAUAA